AUGCCAAUACACGAGUCAAUAGUAACACUCUAUCUUCGAAGUCGACUAUGGCUCGGCAAAAAGCGCUACGGCACCUUCUCACCCAGCGUAGUAAGAGUCAGCGACACGCGACUAAUCAAAGGACCAUGUUUCCCCGCCGAACUAGAAGGCCUGCGAUACGUCGCGCAACACACCACCAUCCCCGUCCCAAAGAUUCAUCGCACGUACCCAGCCAGCGAGGGGCGCAUCUACAUCGAAAUGGACUACAUUAAAGGCGAUACCCUCCAAGAAGUAUGGCGCAACCCCAACUUCACAUCCACAAACAAACAAGCAGUGAUCCAAGAAAUUGCUAGCUACAUCGAUCAACUCCGACAACUCACACCACCCCAGGAAGGUCUUGUAGCUUCCGCAGAACGAGGAAAAUGUUAUGACAUCCGAGUGGGAAGCUGGCCCUUUGGGCCGUUCAAAACCAUUAACGAAUUUCAUGAGUUUCUGCGCGGGACGAUCCCGAUAGAAGAUACUACGAAGGUAUAUGGCGAAGCUGUCACGAAGUGUCAUGAACGAUCUGGAUCAUACUAUCGGACGUGUUUCACACAUGCGGAUAUCGCGAAGAGGAAUAUCAUUGUUCGGGGUGGGGAGGUUGCUGGGAUCGUUGAUUGGCAGUUUUCUGGGUGGUUUCCGGAGUAUUGGGAGUAUACGAAGGCGUUUUAUACGCUUUACGAUGUUCCGGAUUGGUAUGGUGGGUUGAAGAAGGUGAUGAGGAGGUAUGAUGAUGAAUUAGAGGCGGAAAGGGUGCUUUGGAAGAGGUUUGAUCAGCCGGGGGAUCUUCUUAGGACUCGGUAUUAUGGUUGUAGUAAGGAUGGGUAG